CCAGUGGAAGGCGCAGGCAGCGGCGGCGCCGAGUGGCCGCGGCAGUGGGCUGUGCCCCAGUCUCCUCCCUUUGGCCGCAGCAGAUCUGCAGCCAGAGUGCCGCCGCCAUGGCCCCACAACAGCUCUUCCGUGCGCUAGUGUCGGCACAGUGGGUGGCCGAGGCGCUGCGAGCACCGCGUGCCGGGCCACCCUUACAGCUGCUGGAUGCCUCCUGGUACCUGCCCAAGAUGGGCCGCGAAGCGCGCCGCGAGUUCGAGGAGCGCCACAUCCCGGGCGCCGCCUUCUUCGAUCUGGACCAGUGCAGCGACCGCACGUCGCCCUACGACCAUAUGCUGCCCAGCGCAGCGCACUUCUCCGAGUACGUUGGCCACCUGGGCGUGGGCGCCACCACGCACGUCGUGGUCUACGACGCCAGCGAGCAGGGCCUCUACUCGGCCCCACGCGUCUGGUGGAUGUUCCGCGCCUUCGGCCACCGAGCUGUGUCUUUGCUUGAUGGUGGCCUCCGUCACUGGCAGCACCUGGGCCUUCCGCUCGACUCUGGCAAGAGCCAUCCGGUGCCCGCCGAGUUGUGCGCCGAGCUCGAUCCUGCCUUCGUCAAGACGUUCGACGACAUCAAGGAGAACCUCGAGUCCCGGAGUUUCCAGGUGGUGGAUGCCCGCGCCGCUGGCCGCUUCCGGGGCACUGAGCCUGAGCCCCGAGAAGAUAUCGAACCUGGCCAUAUCCCCGGCACCGUGAACAUCCCCUUCACGGACUUCCUGACCAAGGAGGGCCUGGAGAAGAGCCCUGAGGAGAUCCACCACCUAUUCCAGGAGAAUAAGGUGGACCUGUCCCAGCCACUGGUGGCCACAUGUGGCUCCGGUGUAACAGCCUGCCACGUGGCGCUGGGGGCCUACCUCUGUGGCAAGCCUGAUGUGGCCAUCUAUGAUGGCUCCUGGGUGGAGUGGUACAUGCGUGCCAGGCCUGAGGAGGUCAUCUCUGAGGGCCGGGGGAAGACCCUCUGAGGCUGGGCACGGACAUGGCAAGCCCGGCGACAUUCAACCACCAGCAGUGUCCAGCCAAGUCCAGCCCAGCUGUUUUGACCAGGAAAGUGUUUCUUCAUCCAACUCAGGUGGUACAAGGGGCAAUGUCCCUGAGGCCAGGAAUUCGUGAAUGCAUGAAUGCCCAGUGGAAGCAGAAGAGAAGGUGGCGGGUGGGAGCAGGGGAGGGAGGGCAGAAAGCCCUGCUACUUGUCAUAGUGCUAAGCUGGUGCCCCACCUCCCCUCUCGUUUUACUGUUGAGGAAAUAAAACAGCCAAAUGCUAAAUCCUUGUAGUAUGGGGCUGCCUUG